GCAAUAAAGAAUAAUUUCACAACGAUUGCAAAAUGAUCUAUUAAUAGCCGUGUGUUUGGUUUAUAAACGCUGUGUAUCUGAGUCGGUUAUGAACUAGUAAGAAAUAAUCUAAAGCUAAAUAUCGGGACAACGUUAAUAACAUGAGAAUGUUCCUAGAAGACGAAAUAUGAAAAACACGUUAGAUGUAGGACUCUACUUGGAGACAUAUGAUCGUAACAAUUCGACAUAACGGUUAAAAGUCAAUUCCCCAGGAAAUGAGAGUUGACAAACGAGAAUAGCAUGUAACAUAAUUAACAUAGCAACCGAGAAGUGAAUUUAUUAUCUAACAAAAUGGCGUUAAUAAAGGAAGUAAAGAAAUUGGUUAAAAAUAUCGAGUCCCUGAGCAAUGGCCAGGCUCAUAUACUCGAGAUGGAGGACACAAUGGACGUGAUCAAAAUAGAGAUAAAACCAAGUGAUGGCUUGUACAAAGGGGGCACGUUUAUUUUCAAGAUACGAUUGCAUCCUAAUUUUCCAACCGACGCCCCGAACGUAGUAUGCCUGACCCCAAUUUAUCACCCAAAUAUAGAUACGACAUAUGACGCGGAUAAUGAAUUAGAUGACAGCAAUAUCUGUAUUAAUAUGUUAGAUGACUGGGAGCCUGCUUAUGGCCUAGAUGGCUGUAUUAACGCCAUUCUAUUCUUGUUUUACUACCCGGAAAUAGAGGACUCCCUUUCUCCCUACAUCGACGCAGAGUUAUCUCCGGAGGAAUUUGCCGAAAAUGUUCGAAAGUCAUUACAGGGUGUAAGCAUCGAAGACAUUUUGUUCCCGCGUAACCUGGACGUCGACGACGAAAUACCCAUGGAAACGACAACCAGUGAAGAAACAUCUCAGAAUGUCAAAAAUACCCAGAAUGCAAUUAGCACCGUUAAGCUCAAAGAGCCUGAGAUCGAAGAGUGUAAGAAAACGGAUGACGUAGAAGAAUUUGUAAAGGGCAUUGUUAGAGAUUUUAUAGACAAUGAUGCUGUUGAUGUGAAUAGCAUUGCGCAGGAUUUUAAUGCCAGUGAUUGUCAAAGUAUUUCAUCUAAUUCAUCCUUCUUUACCUAUGGGAUAACACCAUCGACGAUGCAGCGACACCAUAAUUUUAUCUUUCACCAUAAUUCGCCACAGACUAAUUUAUUCUCUAGAUUUUUCUCCAAUUUUUUCCGUUGUUGUAGAUCUGACAACACCAUCAGUUAGCGACUGUAUAAAUUAACAUUGUUAUUGGUGUGAAAUCAAAUAUUGACAUCACGUGUAUGUGGUGUGGUGUGUAUUGUAAUUUAUGAAUGUGUCAUAUUUUUAUUACGAUUGUGUAGAUUUACUGUAAUGAAUGUGUACUGUAGACUGAUGUAUGAAUGAAUAUUCUAAUUUAGGAAUGUAUAGUGUAAUGAAUGCGUACUGUAAUAAAUGCGUAUUUUAAUGAAUGUGUAUUGUUAUGGGUGCAAAUGUAAUGAAUAUGUGCUCUAAUUUAUGAAUGUGUAGACCUAGCUACUGUAAUGAAUUUGUAUUCUAAUUUUUGAUUGUGUUUUCUAAUUUAUGAAUGUGUAGUGCAAUGAGUGUGUAAUGUAAUGACAGGUACUCUAAUUUAUGAAUGUGUAUUCUAAUUUAUGAAUGUGUAGUGUGUGUAAUGUAAUGGUGUAUACUCUAAUCGGAGAUCGUGUAUUCUGAUUUAUGAAUGUUUAACUUAUGAAUGUGUAGAUCUAUUGUAAUGAAUGUGUAAAUCUACUGUAACAAAUGUUUAAAUCCACUGUAAUGAAUGUGCAUUAUAAACGUGCUAUGAGAUUGUUUGAAUUAUGUUAUAGGUGCAUGUGUAAUAUACACUUAUAUAAUAUAAAUAUAUAUUUUGUAAAUAACAAAUUUGUUCCAUGGGGAUGAAUAACUACAGAAUAACUUGUGAUAAUGCAUUUGAUACAAAUAAAACAUGUUAUACGUU